CAGAUCUCUCUGCAGUAUCUAUCUGGCAGCAGCUGGUACCACACCUGUGGAGGUUCCCUGAUCCGUGUUGACCGUGUCCUAACUGCUGCUCACUGUGUGGACAGGAGUUGUCUCUUCCGUGUGGCUCUUGGUGAUCACAACCUUAGUGUGAAUGAGGGAACUGAACAGAUCAUCGCUGUGUCCAGCAUCACAAAGCAUACCAGAUGGAACAUGGUCUGUUUUAGGUUUGAUAUUGCCAUCCUCCAUCUGGCUGCCAGUGCCAGUCUGAAUAGCAAUGUUCAAUUGGCUAGUCUGCCACCUGAUGGCAGUAUCUUGGCCAACAACUAUGACUGCACAAUUACUGGAUGGGGAAGAACCAGCACCGGUGGAUCUCUGCCUUCCAUCCUCCAGCAGGCUCCUCUUCCUGUUGUUGACCACGCAACCUGCUCUACCAGUGCAUACUGGGGCAGCACUGUGAAGACAAGCAUGGUGUGUGCUGGUGGCAAUGGAGUCCAGGCUGGUUGCAAUGGUGAUUCUGGUGGACCUCUGAACUGUCCAGUCAAUGGAGUAUUCGAGGUGCAUGGUAUUGCUAGCUUUGUAUCCUCCCUUGGUUGCAAUGCUUACCUGAAGCCCACAGUAUUCACCAGAGUAUCCGAUUACAUCUCCUGGAUUAACAGCGUAUGUAUUCCAUUCAGAACAGUAUAUCUUUAG